AUGUCCAUUGAGAACAGGAAUCUGCUUACAAAUGACAUCUUGCUGUACAAUAAGGAAACUAAUCCAUUCAAAUGUGUAUCUCUGCUCAAAGAGGACAUCAAGAAUGAAGAUGGAAGCACACAUCACACCAGCACACUGGAGAAAAAUGGAAACAAAAGACCUCCUUCAUCUAAGGAAAGAGCAAACAAGAUGCUGUAUCUUGUCACUGAUAAUCCCCCCUGGUACUUAUGCAUCCUUCUUGGCACUCAGCAUUACCUGACGGCUUUGGGCGGAACAGUAGCCAUUCCCCUCCUUCUGUCUCGGGAGAUCUGUUUGCAACAUGAUUACCUCACCCAAAGCCACCUUAUUAGCACCAUAUUCUUUGUGUCAGGAAUCUGCACACUACUUCAAGUUCUUUUUGGGGUCAGGUUGCCCAUUAUUCAAGGAGGGACUUUUGCGUUCCUAACACCUACUUUGGCCAUGCUGUCCUUGCCCAAAUAUAAAUGCCCAGAAUGGACCUUCAACAAGACAAUGGUCAAUGCCAGCGACCCUAACUUCAUUGAAAUCUGGCAGACACGCUUACGAGAGAUUCAGGGAGCAGUUAUGGUGGCAGCCUGCUUCCAGAUAUUUGUGGGAUUUUCUGGUUUGAUUGGAUUUUUAAUGCGGUACAUUGGUCCUUUAACCAUUGCUCCGACCAUCUCACUGAUUGGACUUGCCCUGUUUGAUUCAGCAGGCAAUGAUGCAGGGGUCCAUUGGGGAAUUUCAGGCAUGACUACAGGUUUCAUCGUAAUAUUCUCCCAAUAUUUGCGGAAUGUGCCAGUACCUUUUCCUGCUUUUAGUAGGAGUAAAAAGUGCCAUAUUAAUUGGCUGAACAUUUUCCAAAUGUUCCCGGUGCUCUUUGGGAUUGUAGCUGCAUGGGUCAUUAGUUUUGUACUGACACUUUGUAACGUCUUUCCUGAUGAUCCUGAUGCUUAUGGAUAUUAUGCAAGAACAGACAUAAAAAGUGAUGUUAUCAGUCGUGCUGAAUGGUUUCGCAUUCCAUACCCUGGGCAGUGGGGAUUACCAACUGUCAGCCUGGCUGGUACCUUUGGAAUUCUGGCUGGAGUGAUCUCUUCCAUGAUUGAGUCUGUCGGAGACUAUCAUGCCUGUGCCCGGCUCUGUGGUGCUCCUCUUCCUCCAAAAGAAGCAAUUAAUCGAGGCAUUGGCAUAGAAGGAAUCGGUUGUCUUUUGGCUGGAGCUUGGGGUACAGGCAAUGGAACGACCUCUUACAGUGAGAAUGUUGGCGCUCUGGGUAUCACCAAGGUGGGGAGCCGAAUAGUUAUUCUCACCAGUGGAUUAUUAAUGCUUUGUGUGGGAAUGUUCGUAAAACUUGGAGCGAUUUUUAGCACCAUCCCACAACCAGUAAUUGGUGGAAUGUUGAUGGUGAUGUUUGGAAUUAUUACAGCUGUUGGAAUUUCAAAUUUACAGUUUAUUGAUAUGAACUCUUCAAGAAAUAUCUUUAUAUUUGGAUUUUCCAUGUUUGCUGGCAUGGUCAUACCCAACUGGGUCAACAAGCACCCAGAUUCUCUAAACACAGGAGUACUUCCAAUAGAUCAAGUCAUCCGUGUACUCUUAACCACCAGUAUGUUUGUUGGAGGAUUUUUUGGUUUUUUUCUGGAUAACACUAUACCAGGUACAGAGAAAGAACGGGGUAUAGUCACUUGGAAGCAAUCUCUCUGUGCUGAUGUUGAUAAUGUAGCAGCUGAAAGUGACUGCUACAAUUUACCUUUUGGCAUUGGCACCAGGUGUUGCACUGGUGCCUGGAGGAGAUAUAUCCCCUUCUGCCCAAAGCCAAAACCUCCUGAGGAGGAGGAGAUGGAAGUGAACACUGAAAUUCAAAAUGAAACUCCAUUUUAA